AUGAGCGUCAUCUCGGGGAUCUGCACACUGACCACAUGGUGCUGCCUACUUACGGCUACCGCGCAUGGCAGCCAGGAUGCUGCAGUGGAGUGA